AACCAACGUAUCAUUAUCGCACCCGAGAAAAACUCCUCAAUUUUCCCGCGCAUUAAAACCCUAAUAAAUAAAAUCCACCCCCAAUUUUCUUACAUUCAUCUAUCUAAUUUUCACUCUUUUUCGCCCAAUUCUUACAAUCUCAUUCUCAGUACCAAAAUCAUGAGAUCAGAAACACCUUCUCCUUCUUCAUACAAUACCAGAUCCAAGAAACCCCAACUUCGAAGCUCAAAAUCCCUAUUUCAAGAUCCCAUUAUUAGCUCAAAGACACCGGAAAAAUCAUCUGAGAAGCCAUCUCAGCGGACACGCAACCGUGGUGUCGCACUCUCUAUAUCAGAUAUUAGAAAAGUUGCUAAGGGUCUUCAAGAUCAGAAACAAACAAAUGAAACGACGUCGUUGAAGGAUAGAACCGUUAGAAGGCAAAUCGCAUUGGCUUCUCCUCGUAAGAGUAGUAAAUCAGCUGAUGAUGGAUCAUUAAAACUUCCUGAAAAGUAUGAGAAUUUGGGCGAGUUUUUUGAUAGUUUGGAUAGUUCGAUUCGAUUGUUGCGAAUGAAAGGUUCGAUGACGUCGUUUACUAAUAUUAGGCCCAAGAUUGAAACUUUAACUGACAGGAGAUUUACUCAUAGUCAUUUGGCUCAAUUGAAGUUUAUCUUACCUGAGGCGAUUGCUAUUAAGAAAUUAUUAGUGUUUGAUGAAAGAACAAGUUGUAUGAAGCCAGAUCUUCAUGUUACUAUAAACCCUGAUGCAGUGGAGUUUGAUGCUAAAUUGAGAUCUGAAUCUGGGAAUAUGUCUCUGAGGAAGUUAUUUCGAGAACGGCUCAAAGAAUUUUGGAAAUCUCAUCCAGAGGGUGAUGAAAUUCCAGAGGAAAUACUGCCUGAGCCAUUCAGUCGUCCAAAGCAUGAUCCUCUUUUACACAUGUUGAAAACCCCCUCAUCAUUGUCUACAGUGACAUUAUCUGAUGCACGUGCUUCUCAGCCUUCAACAAUGUUGUCAACUGGUGACAUUGCAGACAAUACAGAAAUAUAUUUAGUGCCUGCUGAGACAUCAGUUGAAGCUCUUAACCAGAAGCCUGCAGUUGCUUCUCAUACGCCUCAAUCUUUUAGAAGACGGUUUUCUCAGAAAUUAAAGGAAAAUGUACACCCAAAAUUUCAAUCAGAUUCAUUCCAACCCUUAGCUGUGCCAGUUUCAGAGUCAAAUUUGAAGACAAGUUCCACCUCUGAGGAUGCUAAAUCCCAUCAAAAACCAUCAUCAUCUGAGCUGGUUUCAGAAUCAUCCAGUAGUGAAGCAUGUCUUACAAUUCACGGUUCUUCAGAAUACUUUACACCAGCUGGUGUUACACCUAGCAAACCUGUUGAGUAUACCGAAAGCAAAGAGGGCUCCAUGAAAAGCAUUGAAGCUAUGUCGACUCCAGCUAGAUUUGUGUCUACUCCUGCCAGGCUGAUGACAACCACACCUGCAUUGAAGCCACCUAAAAGGCAUUUUAUGAGCCCGGAUGACAACUCUACCAGCUCACCAGACAAGUUAGUUAAGCGCCCACCUAGUUCAAGGUCAUUGAAAUUUAACACUCCAAUGAAAAAUGAAAAUGCUGCUGGUGGUUUGUCAACUGGUGACGACAUUUCUGAUAUCCUCCCAGAUAAUCUUCUCCAUUCGAUUAUGGAAAAAGAAAGAAUAGCAAUGGAGGAAAGGGAUCCAGCUAUCUCCCAAGCUAAGAAACGGAAAAAGAUUAUUGCGAGCCUCCCUAAGCUCUUUAACAUGAUUCACAUGAUGUUUCAUUCAAUAAACCGUUCUGUUCUUACAAAGGAGGAGCUGAUGAGCAAGAUAAUUUCAAGCCACCGUGAUAUCGUUGAUAGAAGUGAAGUUGAAGAACAAUUCCAUUUGUUGUUAGAAUUAGUUCCUGAAUGGAUUUCUGAGAAGUUGGCCUCCAGUGGAGAUAUGCUAGUCUCCGUAAAUAAAAUGUUGAACCCUGAAUCCUUAAGAGCAUCACUUGAAGAAGCAAAAUGAGCAAGGAGACAAACACAAUGGAGCCUAGAAGUAUCUUGUUCUCUUCAUUUGGGCUAUUUGUAAAUGUCCAAUCUAUUUUCUUUUGCCAUGUAGUAGGUUUGAUCUACUUUCCAAUUGGUAUAUUAGGAGAGGUAUAUUUGAUAGAUCAACCCAUCUUUUUGGGCAAAUGGUGUAAUCACAAUAUGACUAAACCAUGAAAUUAAUUAAAGAAUUGACUCAAAAUGUUUUGUUGCAGAAGUGGUCAUGCUUACUAACUUUCGGCUGAUCAAUUAUCUUUUUCAUGUGAAAGUAAAAUAAAAAUUAAUUCCUUUAUCCUUACUAGUCACAAGGUUAAGGGAACUUUAUUAUA